AUGCGAUUGUUCGUGGCUUGGGUUACGGCUCUCCUGCUCUCCUGCCGAGUGCAGGCAGCGGCUGUCUUUGCUCAUUUCAUGGUCACGAAUUCGGCCAAUUAUACAUCCAGUGAUUGGGAAAAUGACAUGAAAUUAGCACAGGAUGCGCACAUUGAUGCCUUCGCCCUGAAUAUGGCUUACAAUGAUCCCACGAACAUGAAAGCUCUCGCUGCUGCCUUUGCGGCGGCAGACUCUGUCGGCUUCAAACUUUUCUUCUCGUUUGAUUAUGCUGGCAAUGGAGACUGGCCGAAAAACGAUGUUGUCGCCUUGAUCACACAGUACAGUGCUCAUUCAUCGUACUUUUUCUACAAGGGAAAGGCCUUUGUUUCCACAUUUGAGGGACCAGGUCGUGCUGAUGACUGGCCUUUGAUCAAACUUGCUACCAACUGUUUUUUCGUUCCAAGUUGGUCCUCCCUUGGAGCUAAGCCCGCUGUGGAGACAGGUGUUGUGGAUGGUCUCUUUAGCUGGGCUGGCUGGCCUUGGGGCGAUGAAGAUAUGAACACCUAUAUCGAUGCAUCCUACAUCCAGUACCUGGCUGGCAUGCCGUACAUGAUGCCGGUUUCACCUUGGUUCUUCACUAACUUGCCGGGGUAUAAGAAAAACUGGAUAUGGCGAGGCGAUCACCUUUGGCAUGACCGCUGGCAGGAGGUCCUUUAUGUGCAGCCCGAGUUUGUUCAAAUCAUCUCAUGGAACGAUUAUGGCGAGUCGCACUAUAUCGGACCCUUGUAUGAGAAAGCGAUGGAAGCAUUUGAGAUUGGACAGGCCCCGUACAACUACGUCACUGAUAUGCCUCACGACGGUUGGCGAAACACUCUACCCUACUUCAUCGAUAUGUAUAAGAAAGGAUCGGCAGAGGUGACCCAGGAGAGCAUUAUUGCCUGGUAUCGACCGGCUCCUGCAGCGGCUUGCAGCAGUGGAGGCACUAGUGGCAACACUGCCGCGCAGUUGCAGAUUGAAUUCCCUCCGGCAGAAAUGGUUCAAGAUCGAAUCUUCUUCUCCGCUGUUCUGGGCUCUUUCUCUGGAGCCGUGGUCUCAAUUGGGGGGAAUGCCGAGACGGUCGGCUGGUCAUCUGUCCCAGACGAUGAUGUUGGUGUCUACCAUGGCAGUGUCGCCUUUGAUGGUCGCACUGGACCAGUCACGGUGUCUUUGAUGCGAGGUUCCACUGUGAUUACCACGAUUGAGGGCAAAGCCAUCUCUGGAAGCUGCACGGAUGGCAUACAGAACUGGAAUGCCUGGGUAGGUAGUGCGACGACAGGGAGCACAGUGUCUGCCCGAACAAAGGUCGAACUUUCUGACCAAAAGUGUAUGAACGGGACUGGCGCUUCCAACUUUGCCGGUCUCUGUGAGUUCGCCUGCACAUAUAACUACUGUCCUCUGGGAGCUUGCACCUGCACAAAAAUGGGAAUCGGCCAUAAAAAGCCGAACUCGACCGGUGUGCUAGGAUAUCCGAUCGCAGGAGAGGGUGCAAGCUACAGUGGACUUUGCAACUUUGAUUGCAAUCUCGGAUUAUGUCCUCCCUCAGCAUGUGGUACCGUGGAGGUCCCCCUGUCAACGCCCUCCGUCUCGCCAUUCUUACCUCCGGCAUGCACUUCAGGCACUGGCGUGGGCAACCUCGGUGGCCUUUGUGACUUCGCCUGUACUCACGGCUUCUGCCCAAUAAACGCCUGCACGUGUACAGGGCAGGGAGCAGUGAAUGUCAUGAGCCCCACGACCGAUGUCACGGGCGAGGCUGCCCCCGGGCAAGACUCAGCCGUCUAUGGUCCUUUGUGUGAAUACACCUGUCAGCGCGGGUACUGUCCCGAAGGCGCCUGUGUAGAGCAAUCUGGAAGCUCCACUGGAUCGGGGUCAGGCUCUGGUUCUGAUAGUGAUAGUGACAAUCUUCAUGUUGCCGCGUCUGUUGCCGAUACAAAGUCAGGCUCUAACAUUGUCACUGGUGUGGGUCCGCUGAAUAUCAUUGUCGCUCCCUCCACCUUAACUUCCACGACUACAUUCUCUAUCGAAUCUUUGGUGACUCCAAUCGAGGUGGCCUGGACUACAACCAAGACUGUGACCAUUUCGGGGCAGCCUACCGUCACUACUACAGUGACUCGCACUGUGCAGACGACGACCUUUGCUAUACCUGAGAUCAGAACGACCCAAAUCCCAUGGUGGAAUUGGAACAUCACCGCAACCAACGUCAAAGAUACUUCCACAACACUGUUCCCUAGUUUUGCACUAGAUCCAAUCGUGUUCGCCGAUAAACCAGACGUCCCGGAUAUGACAUAUACCGCGACAGCCAGCCGUACUUUGUAUCCGCCUCCCUGGCCUUGGUCCACUUCUUCUUUGCCUGUGGUAGUUCCGACCCCUACCAUCAAAUUCACUCAGGGUGGUCCCUCAGGCCCUACCUGUACAUCUGGAUGUGGGACGAAGUGUACCUCCUUCUGUCAUACACCGUGCUUGCUUAACUGUGAUGACCCCAAGGCUCAUGAAAGCUGGAAGGACCCAGCGGAUCCUGAUCCUCCUGCUAGCCAUUCCAAGUGUACUGGCCCUGAAUGUCAGAACGGAGAGUGCACUGGCUCCAACUGUCAGAAAAAAGGAUGCACAGGCUCCGGAUGUGACAACGGCGUCUGUCUCGAUGAUUCGUGCAAGUAUUCUGGUUGUAUUGGCGGUGACUGUGGCUUGGAUGGAUCCUGUGACGGUCCUGAUUGCAAAACAGUAGGCUGCGAGGGCGCCGACUGCAACAAAUCAGGCGGCUGCUUUGGAUUCGAUUGUAUUUCUAUCGGAUGCAUCGGUAUCGAUUGUACCAGCAGCACAGGGGAAUGCACCGGGCCAAAAUGUCAUAUGGUCUCUUGCACUGGUCCCAAUUGUCAAGAUGGAGUGUGCACGGGUCCGGGCUGUGAAUCAGAAGACGACGACUGCGAGGCUAGAGAGGCUGAUGUCUGCACUGAAACUGUCUACUCGACCAUCGUCACGCCCGCCUCAACAUAUACAACCGAAACCUCUACCAGCUGUGAGACCAUUACUGCUUGCAGCGCUGAGGCUUCAACCACCACCACCACGAUUGAAGAAGAUUCAAUCACUGCUUGGGUCGGUUAUUACAAUCCUGAUGACGCUUUAGACACCUCGGCCGCUAGCAGUUUAUCGUCUUCCAUCGAAGCUAUGUUUUCAUCGAUCUACGCCACUACAACCACAACCUCGACCACUUCCAAGCCCUCUACAACGUCUACGAAACCCACCUCUGUCCCGAUUGGAGGCGAUUGUGGUUCUAGUGCCCAGUGCAAGGGUGACUGCCCCAAAGGCAAGAUCCUUCAAUGCGCCGAUUAUGGCGGCGGCCCAUCGUGCACUUGCAUCACCGACCAAAAUGUCCCGCCUUAUGGGACAAUGUGCCAGAGACUCAAGGAUUGCACAGAUGCUUAUUACUGUGCGCUUGGGGACAGCAUGGUGUGCGAGGAACGGGACUAUUCCAACGGCGAGCCGGUCUGUCUUUGUAUCAAAGGGAGUGGCAGUUGA